AUGGGGGGAUCGGAUAUGGCCAGGAGCCACCUCCGGGUGGCAUCCGGCCGUGUCGGCCAGGUGGCGGCGAUCCUUGGACUCUCCCUGGACUGGUCCUAUUUAUCCUUUUCGUUUUUGCUGGCACAAAGAAGCAAAUUCUUCGUCAUUGCCUUUGCUGUGAUCGCAGCAGCCUCUGCGGCAUCCAUUGCCACGGAUUACUUGCCGCCGGUGGACAACAACAUCGAGGCUGCCUCCGAUCUCGUAGAGGUGCCCGCCGACCAGGGUGUUCUCGCCGAUGAUGGAUACCGCUACAAGACCGUCCGCCGCCUCAAGCUCCGCCACCGUCGUGAUGUCUCUGAGCUGCCCUCUGCCGAGUACCUGCCCCCAGUUGAGGAGUCCGCCUCCGAGGCUGUUGCUGUUGAGACUCCCCUGGCUGAUGAUGGUUACCGUUACAAGACUGUCCGCCGUGUGAUCCGUCGUCGUCGUGAUGUCAACGAGCUGUCCGCUGAGUACCUGCCCCCAGUUGAGGAGUCCGCCUCCGAGGCUGUUGCCGUCGAGACCCCCCUGGCUGAUGAUGGCUACCGCUACAAGACUGUCCGCCGUGUGAUCCGUCGUCGUCGUGAUGUGAACGAGCUGCCCUCCGCCGAGUACCUGCCCCCAGUUGAGGAGUCCGCCUCCGAGGCUGUUGCCGUCGAGACCCCCCUGGCUGAUGAUGGCUACCGCUACAAGACCGUCCGCCGUGUGAUCCGUCGCCGUCGUGAUGUGAACGAGCUCCCUUCUGCUGAGUACCUGCCCCCUGUGGAGGAGGCUUCUGAGGCUGUUGCCGUCGAGACUCCCUUGGCUGAUGAUGGAUACCGUUACAAGACUGUCCGCCGUGUGAUCCGUCGUCGUCGUGAUGUCAACGAGCUGUCCGCUGAGUACCUGCCCCCAGUUGAGGAGUCCGCCUCCGAGGCUGUUGCCGUCGAGACUCCCUUGGCUGAUGAUGGAUACCGUUACAAGACUGUCCGCCGUGUGAUCCGUCGUCGUCGUGAUGUCAACGAGCUGUCCGCUGAGUACCUGCCCCCAGUUGAGGAGUCCGCCUCUGAGGCUGUUGCCGUCGAGACCCCCCUGGCAGAUGAUGGUUACCGCUACAAGACUGUCCGCCGUGUGAUCCGUCGUCGUCGUGAUGUCUCUGAGCUGCCCUCCGCCGAGUACCUGCCCCCAGUUGAGGAGUCUGCCUCCGAGGCUGUUGCCGUUGAGACUCCCCUGGCCGCUGAUGGCUACCGUUACAAGACCGUCCGUCGUGUGAUCCGUCGCCGUCGUGAUGUCUCUGAGCUGCCCUCCGCUGAGUACCUGCCCCCCGUGGAGGAGGCCGCCGCCUCUGCCAUCAUCGAUGUGCCCGCCGAGCAGACCGUGCUGGCCGCUGAUGGAUACCGCUACAAGACCGUCCGCCGCCUGAAGCUCCGUCGUCACUAAGCCGCCAAC